AUGGAAGGAUGUGGAAACUCUCUAAAGUCCUUGUCUCUGAUUUUUCCGGCUUUGUGGGUCAUUGACAAGGAACUAUUGCAGUUACUCAACGGUGAGUUAGCAUCCCAGGCAGUACAAGUUCUUCUUUUCUGCUUGUGUGAUGAAAGCAGAGAAUCUGAUUUAUCAUUCCAGCUGAACAACGUACAAAGAACAAAACCGCUGUAUACUAAUAGGUAUUUAGAAGUUUAUUAUCGAUCUCCCUUCAGAACAAGUAAACUGCAAUCAGUUUUCUUUGUUUUAAUUGUUCAUCUUGGUUUUGGCUACAUCCAGCACCGAAGGUGCUUCUAUUUGGGAAGAAUCUAA